CGCUCAGCGUUGAUUUCCACUAGUACUAGUAGGCACUACAAUUCAUGUAUAAAUAAAGUAUACAAAAACAACACCACCGUACCGCUCGCUAGCGCUGUGCUUUGUGACCUGGUGUUCGAUUUUAGUCGUUGUAAUUAUUUGGAACGGUGCGUUCUAGUUAUAUCCUCAAAUCAUCAGGGCGAAGUGUGCGUGGAGCAGUUUUCUCUCUCUCGGACGACAUGCCGAAGGAUACCAAGCUAGUAUAUCCGCGGGCUGCUGCUGCGAAGGAAGCGGACCAUCCCAGACGGCGCGAGCAUGAGCAGUCGGAGCGACCAGAACGGGAGCCAGUCCGGCCUGUUCAAACCGUAGAUCUGGACGCCGAGCUUCAGCAAAUCUACGAUGAUGCUCUUCUGGCGGGUUUGAGUCCAAGCGAGGUGCAGUCAGCGUUCAAGGCAGAGAUCUACUUUCCCAAGAAGCGCCGUCCAGUCGGUAAAUGGCUAGUGUCGGCUGCUGUUGUUCCACUAGCAAUGCUCCUGUACGUGUUCUUUUACCGUGCGGAGAUGAUCGAUACGAACGUAGCGGCCCUGGAAGACUACCUCCAGGACACGCAGUGUUUGGUUGAGCAGAGUGCGUUGACUAUGGAAAUGUUCCGACCGCUGGCCAAGUGCGAGGCAAUGUGCAAGGAUCUGGGAGAUACGUUUCCUCGCGUGGACAACAUCACACGUGAAGACUUCAUGAAGAAUUAUGCGGGAACUGGAAAGCCAUUGUUGGUUACGGGAGUGGCAAGCCAGUGGCCAGCACUGAAGACGUUCAGCUAUAACUACUUCCGCUCGCUUUACCAGAAUCACAGCUCUGCGGUGCGUGUGAACGAAGAGGAGUGCCAGUUCUUCAGCUAUGGCUGUAACAUCACUACACUCACCGACCUACUAGCAAUGCCCGACGACCGAGCUCACCUAGAAGGGGACUUUGUGCCAUGGUACAUCGGAUGGAGUAACUGUGAUGAACGGGUCAAGCGCAAGCUACGCACCCAGUACACCGUACCACACUUCGUAAAGCUCACCAAGGAUGACGCGGAAAACCUGGACUGGAUGUUCAUGGGCUCGUCCGGACCUGGCGCAUUCAUUCACGUGGAUAGCGUAGAGAAGCCGUCAUGGCAAGCCCAAAUCGUAGGCUCCAAGACAUGGACGCUCUACCCAAUGCCCGAGUGCGAAAGUGUCUGCCCGGGCAAAUUGGAAGCGACCAUGCGAAAGGGAGAUAUCAUCCUGGUCGACACAAACAAUUGGUAUCAUUCCACUUUCAUACAUCCUGGAGAAAUCAGCAUCACCAUCGGUUCUGAAUACAGCCGAGAAUAGGCGCCAACCAAUUAUUUUUUAAAGGCUGAAAGCAUUCUUUGUACAUGUCACGGCAUUCAAGGAUCUAUUUUAAAGAUUAUGUUGGUUUUUCGGACUUUUCCCCCUUGCGUGCAUUGGCUGCUCAGUGAAUGGUCGCAGUGGACCCAGCAGUGCUGGUGCUGCAGACUAUGCUGGUGCUUGUCCUGAAGUGUUGCCUGCACAGAUACAUAUAUUAUUAUUAUUUACGUCACAGACCGUGAGCUACAUGUACAGUGUAAUGGGUUGUUCAUUUCCAAGCCGCCACGUGGUUGUUCUGAUUGAUCCAGCUUUUAUACCUCAGUAUCGCGGCCGUUACUAAUCUUAUGUUUGGUGUGAAUCAUAUUACUGCUCCUAUCUUUGAAAAAAUGUUGCAAAAUCGCUUGCCAGUACA